AUGGCGACUCAUUCAGGGAGUCUUUGUUACCAAAUGCUCGAGACCGGUGAUAUUCGCAUACUACGCAUACUACCAAGGACCGGGUCAUGUUUAGAAUGCGAGCUUGAUCAUGUCGCUCUGUCGCAAGCACCAGACUACUUGGCCAUUUCCUAUGCCUGGGGCGACGCUGAUGAGAGGACAACAAUUAUAGUUGACGGCCAUAAGUUUGACAUCAACACGAGUUUAUACGAUGUGCUUAGCAUGCUCCAGAGCGAGAGCGACGGCGAGAUUGUCACUUUGUGGGCAGAUGCGAUCUGUAUCAAUCAGUCAAACAUUGCAGAACGUUCAUCUCAGGUUGCCAUCAUGGCAGACAUAUACCGACAAGCCAAAUACACAGCUGCCUGGCUUGGACCGGCAACGCAAUCAGAUUACAUGGCCAUUGAGCUCGUGCAACACCUGGUCAAAGUGAAAAACUCGGAGCCGGAUUUCAAGGAAUCUAUGAGAUCACCCAGUUGGCACGAGCAUUUUGUUGCACUCGCGUCCUUGUUCAAUAAAGAGUACUGGCGAAGGAUGUGGAUCUUACAAGAGGUCCACAGCGGACAAUUUGUCAGAAUCUAUUAUGGCACCCGCUGGCUACCGUGGGAAAACUACAGAGAUGUUUCACGUGCAUUUCGACGCCACGAUCUUGACGUUCGAGGUACAUUCAUGCGGGAAGGGCUAGAGGGGACCGGUGAAUAUAUUUCAUGGGUCUUGUGCUAUAAUGGUCCCAAUACCUUGGACCUCGAAGAAGAAGAAGAGCUGCUCGGAUUCUUGGCUUGGUGCCAGCCGAAGCGUUGUGCCGAUCCAAAGGACAAGCUUUACGCCUUACUUGGUGUUCUGCCGGAAGCAAUAAGACGCCACUUCAAACCUGAUUACACCAUCUCGGUCAAAAAGUUAUACAUGGACAUUUUUGAAUACAUACUGCGGUCUACUCGACGACUGGAUGUGUUGUGCUACGCCACAAUAAUCGGGAUGACUACAGAGAAUCCGCACUUUCUACCUAGUUGGAUCCCCGAUUGGUCACGCGAACUUCAGGUUGACGUGGUCAUGGACAUAUGUGACUGCGCUGCCAGUUCAGAACCGGCAGACUUCACGAUCUCCUCGGGUGCCAGCAACACGUCCUUGAGAGGGUGGCAGAUGAAGGUCAAGGCCGUCUUUUUGGGUAGGAUUGCCCAGGUAGGGCUGCACGUUCCUGACUUUCACACUGGCGAUGACAUCUCAAUGGCAUUCCUGAGUUGGCGUGCGCUGGUCAAACAGUUAGGGAGGUCUGACGAGAGAGAAGUACUGUGCAGGACCAUCACAAUGGGUACCGUGGAUGACUUGACUUCUCAAGAACUCACUGACAUAUGCUUCCAUGUGUUUGUACAGAGGCUUCAGUUUACUUUGCCGUCUAUCACCCUUGAUGAUGAGCUGAAGGCGUAUUCCCAGACCAGGUUGGGUGCAUCCGAGGAGGAACUGUCUGCUUUUUGGAGCAAAUACAUUGAGCGAACUUGCGAAAUGCGCCGACUUUUUGUUUCCGAGGAGGGUCAAGUGGGUUUGGGCCCCCCAAACAUCGGUUACGGCGACUUGAUUUGUGUGCCUCUAGGAUGUAGGGCACCAAUAAUCCUACGCCCCUACAGCGAUGGAUCAUAUAAAUUUGUAAGUGAUGCUUAUGUUGAUGGGUACAUGUACGGAAAGGCCGAUGCUGAAUGGAAAGGUGGUUCAAAAAAGCUGCAGUCAUAUAUCCUCCGGUAG